AGGCACAGGGAGGCUUUCUGCACUGAAAAGCUGAGUGGGUUUCGGCCCGCUCCUUCCUCUCCAGUCCCGACACUCUAAGGAGGACCUCCUGCCACGCGCCGCACUCGGGUGCUGAGCCCCCGCGCCUGCGCCGUACGGACGCCCUCUGCCCAAGAUGGCCGCGCCCACGGGCUGCGCCAGGGCGACGCCAUAACAGCCGCGUCAGAGGCCGAGCUCAGGGUGGUCGCCAUAUCGGCCUCCAGCUGUGACCCUAUCCUGACAAAGCCCGAGUCUGUGGAUCUUAAGAGGGCGGGAAUGGCCGAAGAAGUACGGCGUCCACCAGAGAUCGCCGAGCCCCAGGGCAGCGAUGCGGAAUCACUAACACUCAAAGAUGUGACUAUGGCAUUUACUGAGAAAGAAUGGAAGCAACUAGAUCCUUCUCAGAAGAACCUAUACAAAGAUGUGAUGCGGGAAAACUACAAUAAUCUAGCCUCAAUGGGGAAUCAACUUACCAAGUCAGAUGUGAUUUCCCAGUUGGAAAAAGGAGAAGAGCCACAUCUGGGAAUGUGGAAAAGACCCAGUAAAGGUCAAGGUGGUCCAUGUGAAAUAGGAAGACCCAAGCAAAUAGAUUCCAGUAAAAAAGUACACCAAGAAGAUGACCAGCCAGAAAAUCACCAGAAAUCAGAAGUGAAGUCAUUUAAGGAAGUUGCAUUCAAGAAAAAACCUUUGACUAAGAAGAAACGUGAUGAAUGUAAUUCACUGGGGGGGGGGAAUGUCAGUAUAAAACAUGUUCCUUCAGAAAAGAAGCUGCUUAAAUUUGAUUCCCCCAGAAAGAGUUUCAAACAGAAUUUAGAUUUACCUGACCAUGAAAGAAAACAUACUUUGAAGAAACCUGGUUUAGCUAAAGAGCAUAGGAAAUCAUUAAAACGUAACUUAUCUGAUACAGAGAAAGGCAAAUGUCAAACUGAAAAAAAACAUGAGAAAUUAUCUACCCACAGUUCAUCUAAUAAGCAUAACAAAACGCAAAUUGGCAAGAAGCAAAAAUUACCUUGUCGUAGUUCAUCCCAUACUAAAAGCGGCAAAAUUCAAACUAGACACAAACAUGAAAUACCAUCAAGCCAAAGUGCAUCUCCUACUAAGCAUAAUAAAACUCAAGUGAAAAUGAAACCUUAUGAAUGUAAUGAAUGUGGGAAGAUUCUCAGUCAUAAACAAGGACUUAUUGACCAUCAGAGAAUUCAUACAGGGGAAAAACCAUAUGAAUGUAAUGAAUGUGGAAUAGCCUUUAGCCAAAAGUCACACCUUGUUGUACACCAGAGAACUCACACUGGAGAAAAACCAUAUGAAUGUAGUCAGUGUGGCAAAGCCCAUGGUCAUAAGCAUGCUCUCACUGAUCAUCUAAGAGUUCAUACUGGGGAAAUGCCUUAUAAAUGUACUGAAUGUGGGAAAACCUUCAGACACAGCUCAAACCUUAUUCAACAUGCAAGAUCUCAUACAGGUGAGAAACCCUAUGAAUGUAAGGAAUGUGGUAAAUCCUUUAGGUAUAACUCAUCUCUUACUGAGCAUGUAAGAACUCAUACAGGUGAAAUACCAUAUGAAUGUAAUGAAUGUGGGAAAGCCUUUAAUUAUAGCUCAUCUCUUACUAAACAUAUGAGAAUUCAUACAGGUGAGAAACCUUUUGAAUGUAAUGAAUGUGGAAAAGCUUUUAGCAAGAAGUCACACCUGAUUAUUCAUCAAAGAACUCAUACCAAGGAGAAACCUUAUAAAUGUAAUGAAUGUGGGAAAGCCUUUGGACAUAGUUCAUCUCUUACUUACCACAUGAGAACUCAUACAGGUGAAAGUCCAUUUGAAUGUAAUCAUUGUGGGAAAGCCUUCAAACAAAGUGAAGGUCUUAGUCAGCAUCAGAGAGUUCAUACUGGGGAGAAACCUUAUGAAUGUAGUAAAUGUGGGAAAGCCUUUAGCCAGAAAGCACACCUCAUUGUACAUCAGAGAACUCAUACAGGGGAGAAACCCUACAAAUGUAAUGAAUGUGAAAAAGCCUUCAAUGCAAAUUCACAACUUGUUAUACACCAGCGAUCCCACAGUGGCAUUAAACCCUUUAAAUGUAGUGAAUGUGGGAAAUCCUUCAUUGUAAAGUCACAACUUGUUAUUCACCAGAGAUCCCACACUGGAGAGAAACCCUAUAAAUGCAGUGAAUGUAGGAAAACUUUCAAACAUAAUGCAUCCCUUACCAAACAUAUGAAAACUCAUUCAGAAGCAAAACCUCAUGAUGAAAAUUGUGAAAAAUCUUUUGACUGAAAAAGUAUUAUUUAACUUUAGAAUUUUUUUAAAUUGAAAAGAUAGUAAAAACAACUUUUAUGUCAAAGUUGUAGCUUGUUACACAUGAGAUAAUUUAAAGCUUUAUGUGAAACAUUUGAUAGAAAAUACUAUUUUGUGGCAAGGAGAUAAUGUCAUCAAUAGUACAACAGACAUUCACAACUGAGGCACCAGAGAGUCUAAAAUCUUUACCAUAAGCCAGUGCUGAGCAGUUUAUAAGUUGUUCCAUUAUUACAAAUGACCUAUACACCUGAGUUAAGAUUAAAACUUUUAUUUUUUUGAAUAAUUGAAUAAUAAAAGCUGUAGAGAAACAAGUUGCAUAUACUGACAAUUCUUGAAUCACCUGUUUUGUUAAUCAUAUGUAAGAGAAUUUAAUUUUCAUGUCUGUAUAUUGCCUUGUAGAAAUGUGUGACCAUUGAUAUGAAUCAUACCUUUAAUAUCAUCGCUCAGGUAUGUCUUGAUGCCUUUGUUAGCUUCCAUUUUAGGAAACAAUUCUAUAAGAGGGUUACUUAUGUUAAAAAAAAAUGGUAACAUUACAAUUAAAAAAUUAAAAACAGCUAAGGCUAUAAAUAUGCUGGUAAGAAAUAAAUCCAGGACACUAUCAAGUUAUAAAUGCAAACUGCUAAAUGUUAUACAUAGUAUAUUUCCAUUUAUGUAAAAAGUGUGUGUCUGUCUUGUGAUUUUCAUAUGUAUGUAUACUUACAUAGGUAAGUGCAUAGACUUGGUUCUAAAAUACACAGAAUAAAUUCUGUAGUAAUUUCUACUGGGCAUAGGAGUACAGGAAGAGUCUGGGAUGGGAAAAGGAACUUUUUAUUUUGUAAUGCUGGAAUUAUUUUUUCAUAUACUUAUAUUAUUUUCCCAAAUUAACAUUCUGAAAUAUAUAUAAUCAAGUGGUUGGGCAGUGUUGCAUGAGUAGAGUACACAUAUUACCAUGCAAAAGGACCCAGAUUCAAGUUCCCAGCCCUCACCUAUAUGGAGGAAGCUUCACCAGCAGUGAAGCAAUUCUACAAGUUUCUCCUUCUCUCCUUCUAUCUCCCCAAUCCCUCUCAGUUUUUAUCUGUCUCUAUCAAAAAAGAAAAAGGAAAGGAAAUAUAAUGGCUACUAAAUGUAGUGAGUUUAUCUUGUAGUUACCUACUAAGGCCCAGUGACAUUCCUGAUGGCAAUUUAAAAAAUAAUUAAAUUGAAAGCAUGCAUAAAUAAACAUUAAUAUUUUCAGAGCACAUUUUUAUGCUUAUUCAUGAGUGUUGAUGAAUCUGAAAAAUUUUCUUCGGAGAUAGAGGUUCUUUCAUUAAAUUGUUGAAUUGAAACUAUAA